AUCAAAAUUCUUCCAAAAUUCAAAAAAAUUGUUGCACAAAAUUAUAAGUAAAAACUGUGCGGCGCGCAUUUGCCAACGUAAACGUGCUCCAAGAGCCGCGGACCGCUUCCCCCGCGCGUGUCUCACUGUUGUAAAGCCAACGCCUCCACCGCCGCAAACGAGAAUUUUUCCAUUCCAAACCGAAUCACACAGGAACGGAAAAGGCAAAGAGACAAGAGAAUCAAACGCGACGCGCUUCAUCUGUGUGUUUUGUGAGUGAAUCUUUUGUGUCGCAAAUGAAGAAGAAUCAGUGAAAUAUAUUUAUAUAUAUUACAUAUAUCUGAAAGCAAAAUGCUCGAAUCACCGAAAUUUAUUGAGAAUGAUUUCUACGAUGGCAGCCGUGUAUUUACCUGGUUGGCCGAUAUGGUGGGACUAUCUGUGGAUUUGGUGAACUUUUUGAUAUGCCAAAUAUCGGCUCUAUUCUUAGCCUCACUCUUUCGUUCGCUAUUGCAUCCUUCCAAAGUCUCUUCAGAAGUUCGUCACGUGUUUGCCCUAUCACUUGGCCUGACCUUUGGUUACUUUUGUUUCGGCCAACAGGCAAUACAUAUUGCUGGAUUGCCGGCAAUAUGUUACAUCGUCAUCCGUACUCAAGAUCCACGCAUUGUUCAGAGGAGUGUUAUGCUUGUGGCAAUGUCCUAUUUACUGUGCAUACAUCUCAUGCGGCAACUAUAUGAUUAUGGAUCAUAUGCCUUGGACAUAACUGGGCCCUUGAUGAUUAUAACACAAAAGGUUACCAGUUUGGCGUUUAGUAUCCACGAUGGCUUUGUGCGGCAGGAUGAGGAUAUGACUAAAGCCCAACAAUAUCAUGCCAUACGUAAAAUGCCCUCAGCAUUGGAAUACUUCUCAUAUGUCUGGCAUUUUCAAAGUCUUAUGGCUGGACCAUUGGUCUUCUACAAGGACUACAUUGAGUUUGUUGAGGGUUACAAUCUCUUAAAAUGUCCUUCCAGGAAUGGCAAUCUCGAUAAUGGUAAAACCGAAUUGAUUGUAGAGCCAUCGCCCACGAAAACGGUUAUACGCAAGGUUAUUGGCAGUCUUGUUUGUGCCUUUAUAUUCAUGAAAUUCGUCAAACUUUAUCCCGUGAAGAAUAUGAAAGAGGACGACUUUAUAAAUGCUACAAGCAUACCCUAUAAAUUUUGGUAUGCCAUGAUGGCAACCACUUGCAUACGCUUUAAGUAUUAUCAUGCAUGGCUUCUGGCCGAUGCUAUAUGUAAUAAUUCAGGUUUAGGUUUCACUGGUUAUGAUAAGGAUGGCAAUGCCAAAUGGGAUCUAAUAUCCAAUAUAAAUGUGCUGUCAUUUGAGUUCGCCUCGAACUUCCGUGAUGCAAUCAAUAAUUGGAAUUGCGGCACCAAUCGAUGGCUACGCACUUUGGUCUAUGAGCGUGUACCAAAGAAGUACGGCACACUCCUCACGUUCGCCUUGAGCGCAGUGUGGCAUGGAUUCUAUCCAGGCUAUUAUUUGACCUUUGCCACAGGCGCUGUUGUGGUCACAGCGGCACGUACGGGUCGCCGACUAUUCCGUCAUCGUUUCCAGAGCACUCAAUUUACACGCAUGUUCUAUGAUAUACUUACCUGUGUGACCACACGCAUUGUGAUGGGCUACGCCACAUUCCCAUUUGUUCUGCUUGAAUUAAUGGGCAGCAUCAAUUUGUACCUGAGAUUUUAUUUGUGCCUUCAUAUAAUUUCACUAGUGACCAUAUUUAUUUUACCACAAUUCAUACGUGGCGAAAAACGUGUCAAGCCGCCGUCCAACAGCUCAGAGGAAGUAGAGAUAUCAGCAAAAUUAUCGGAAACUGCUAACCAGCCGCAGGCGGCUUUGGAGCCAGCAGUAGAGACUGUUCAGGCAAACACUACAGAUCUCAAGAGUGAGGAUAAUGAGGAACAGAUAGAAGAGCAACUAGUUAAACGUAAUAAUAAACUACCACAUCAACACCUACACCCGCUGCAACAGCAACAACAAGAGCAUCAACAACAACAAAAGAAUAUAAUACUCCAACCACGCCCACAGCAAUCGCCGCAACAAGUCAAGCCAAAGUCACCGCCUCAGCAAACUAGUGCACACGAUGCAAACCGUGUGCCGCAUGAUCAAUGUGAAAUGGAUCAAUUAUCCAGCAAGCUAAAGGAGAAAUUCGAGGCUGAGACCAAAAACAUUGAGGAAUUUAUUGAUAAGACUGUGACCAAAACCGUUAGCGGCAUUGUGGAAUUCAAAGACGACUUGAUGCGUGACAUUGAAUUCCCCAAAUUGAAAUUGGGAGCUGUUUCGGCACCUUUAGAUGGGACUGCUGUUGGUUUGCGCAAACGUAACAUAUCGACUAUCCAUGACAAUGGAUCCGAUGCCUCUGCCCAUGCUGUCGGUGAGCAGAGUGAAGCAUUCCUCAAAAAGGAAAUUGAGGUUAUCAAUGCGGUAGUUCCGGCUGUUUUAAGCAAUGGACAUGCCAAAUAGUACCACAAAUGAGGAAGCAGCAUCACUAGUAACAUCACCAGCGUGGGAGCACUAAAAAUACCAACGAUGAACAAUAAUAUCAAGGCAUGGACUGUUGAAACUGAGACAAGGGUACACUAAUUGUAGGUGCUGCUAAUAUCCAAUUGAUUUAAUUCUGUGUCAGAUUAAACCAACCAACCAACCAAUCUACCAACGCGCACACAAAAGAAGACACAAACACUCACACACACACCCACCACACACCUUUUGGUUUCAUAUCACCUAUCUUGUUUUUAGUUUGCAUAAUUUUUUCUAGAAAUUUACAAGAAAUUUUGCUUCAAAAUUUUUAAGAAUUUGAUGAAUUAGCCAAAUAAUAUAAUUAUAAGUAACUGAAUAAAUACAAAAAAAUAAUCGAUUUAAUGUUCAAAUGUUUUUUGCUCAGCGCAUAAAAUUUAUAAUAUUUAUUGUUGCAGCAAAACCGAAAUAGAACUCGGGAAACUUUUGUUAAAACUUUAAAUAUGCAUGAUGAUAUUGAUUGUCUAAUUGUUGUUAAAAAAAAAAAGAAUCAAAAGAAAAUAAGAAUAAUUUAUGUUUGUAUGAACGUAUGCGUGUGUAUGUAUGUAACUGUGUUUAUUUGUUAUCUCAGAUCGUUUGCAGAAAGCACUAUAAACCAAUUGAACAUUUUUUCCAUAUAGUCUAUAUAUUGCAUUAUGUCUAGAUUAAAAAAAAAAACACGCUCCUAAUACCAAUGAAAUGAUUUGCCCCUAUAAAGUACCUUCGGCGUUCCGAAGUUUAUAUUCCCCUGCAAUUUCUUGGCUAUUAAAAAUCACUUCAAACAUAUCAAGUGUUAGCUAUAAGAUACACAAUCAAUAUAAUGUAAACAGUCUAUAGAUCAGAGCUUAAAACACCUUUUAACACCAAUGUGGACGAAAAUGCUUUCAUUAUUUUAAUCAUUUAAUCUUUUUGUGGAAACAAUACUAUAAUCUAUUUAAUGUCCGACUAAAGUACACUAUACAAUUAUUAGAUGGUUAACCAAUUAAAAGAUCAACAAAUGUAUAGAAUAGAACAAGAAACAGCAGUUGGGAAUAAUAAUAAAAAAAUAUGUCGAGACAUUCAACCAAAAAACAAUGUAAAUCAACUUUAGACUGAAGCUAUCUGAACAUAAAAAUUAUAUAGAUAAAGCGCACUAAACAAACACUAAAACAAAAUAACUAAAAAACAAGCGUAGUUAGUAAUUAAGAAUUUUCGAAUCAAUGUGUUUUUAUCCCCCUUUUUUUGACAAUUGUACAAUUUGUAUACUGUGUAUGCUUGUGUGCCUGUGAAUCUGUGAGUGUGUGUUUGUGAAUUAUAAGAAAGUUUUCAAGUCCAAUUCCCGCCCAAUAUCUUCCAAUAUAAUCGGGAAACUUCCUGCUGGUUUUCUAAAUCUUUAACCUUAACUUCCUAAUUUUGUAGCUUUUAAGCACACUUUUAACAUAUAUAUGGAUAUAUAUAUCUACAGUACAUUUAUACAUAUAUGAUUUUUUGUUUAUCCCACUUUUCUUUGUUAACUUUAAUAAACAGAGAGAGAGAACGAGAGAAAUUCUCUACAAAUGCGCAUAUGCUCUAUA